AUCACCUUGACGCUGGGAAACACCCAGCUGUCACAGCUGCGGAUAGGUGAAGAGGAAGAACUGGUCCCACAGCAGGAUGAAACUGAACUGGUGAAAGUGUGACUGACUCCCUCCCAGCACUGAGCUCAAACUUGCUCCUGAACUUAGCGAGCUGAGCAUGAAGGGAUGGCUCAGCUUCAUUCACAACACUUUUCUCUGAAGUUUGUGUUUCGAUUUCUAAAUGAGGGAAAAUGAACGAACGAGAGAAACCGUCUGAGUUAAUGGGAACGAUAAAUAGACCAGCUUUCGUGUAGUGCUCUUCACUCGUGUGAAGUGUUUCCCCGUCUGAGUGCAGCCCUCACACCUCCAGCACUGCUAAAAGCUCUGCUGUCACAAACCUGCGGCCCAGCAGGGGGCGCCCUCACAGAAACCUCCACAUGAUUUGUGGCUCUGCAGGCUUUGAAUCUGAUGUCAGACUGACAGGAACCAAUCAACGAGGCUGCAGGGUGUUGGUUUGUACUUCUGUGAAGACGCUGCUGAUGCGAUACUGUGUGUCUGUUUACCGAGCUGAAGUUUAUCUGCUUUGCUGACAGAGAAAAGAAGAUGGAGAUCUGUCGGGAGGUGCUGGGGAAGGACCCAGUGAAGCAGAGAUCCCAAAGAUCCCACAGUCAUAUUUAGACUCCUGCAGAGAUGCCUUUGCCAUCCUUGUCCCCGCUCUUCCUCCUCUUCCUGACUCCAAAGGCGUGGAGCUACGAGGCCCCUGAAGACAAACAGGACAUGUUUGCCAGAACGGCGUGUCCCGCCUUCCUGACCUUCACCAACGCUGCCUACCUGUCAGGAGUCACCGUGGAGCUGCCCUGCCUCUGCAAACCAGAGCAGGUCCAGUCGGUUGUCUGGUUUUUCCGGAAACAUCUGGAACGAUCAGAGGACACCAAAGCGCUGACUGAUCACCAUGGCAACCACCUGCUCGAUCCCAGCCAGGUCCCUCACAGCGGAGACCUGCGGAGUCGCUUCUCCAUCCGACUCUUCAGCCUGCUGAUCUUCAGAGCUGGGCCCGAUGAUGCAGGCAUCUACAUCUGUGGCUCCGCCCACAAAGACUUCUUCUAUGGUUACGACCUGGACAUCCAGGAGGCUCCCACGCUCAGCUUCACCAACAGACUCGCUUCAGAGGCUAGCGACGGGAAACGGGGCCAGAGCGCCGACCUCAGCGCUCUGUACCGCCUCUUCACCAGCUUCCAGCCGUGGUCUGUGUGCGACCGCUGCGGCGUGCCGGGCGAGCAGGUCCGAGCCGGGCUCUGCUACAUACGCUCCCGCUUCCUGAACGUGCGCUACAGGCGGGCCAAUCAGACGGUCGUUUCUUGCAGCUCGGGGGCGGUGCCAAGAGCCUUCGGUUUAAAGCAAAGCAGAGUCGCAGCGAAGCUGGAGGUCAGAAGCUGUCAUAUGACGUGUCCGUCCCAGGCCCCGCCCUCCAAGCUGCUCGGUCUGAUGUCUCUUUUUGGGUCCAGUUCUGCCUCAUUGCCAACCGGGCUACCUCUGUACUACCUGACCCAUCCCGACGGGCAGGUCCUCACCCUGGGCUGUCCUGGGGCGCGCCCUGACACGGCGGUCGCCUGGGACAGAGGGAACGAACCCAUCUACAGGUCUGAACACUCUUCAGGCGCAGACCUCAGACUGCUCAUAGACACCGGGCACCACCUGCUGUUUCAGCCGGCUCAAACGCAGGACUCAGGUGUGUAUUACUGCUGGCUGCACGGUCGCCGGGCGGCAGAGAUCCACCUCCUCGUGUACCCCCACUUUGGCAGCCAUUCGCUUCUGUUGCAUCCCGACUUUCCAGCCGCCGUGCAGACCGUGCUGGGAUCGUAUGCUGCCAUGACGACCGUGUUUUUCCUGCUGAUGCUAGGCCGAGCUGUGCUGAGACACCGCAGGGAGCAAGGCCACGUGGACUAAAGGCAGCGAGGGUCAGACUCUGGUUCUGUGGGGCCGAAGGGCAGCCACAUGUCCAAUCCUGCUGUGAUCACAUCCUCAUUAAAACUCUGACUUUAUUACGCUGACAUAAAA